GGAACAGGAAGGAGAAGGGGAAUGGAAAGGGAAGGGAACAGGGAGGAGAAGGGGAAUGGAAAGGGAAGGGAACAGGGAGGAGAAGGGAACAGGGAGGAGAAGGCGAAGGGGACGCUGAGGGGAGCACAAAAUGGCGGCGGUUCCCUCAGCGCGGAGAAACGCUUCUCUGCGCAUGCGCCGGCACCUCAACCCUGACGGACAGCGCCGGGCUGACACCGAGCCCCGCCCUCUCCCGCUCAGCUUCCGCCAAUCAGCGCCCAGCUUCUCCCUCUUAGCCCCGCCUCUCCCGCCAAUCAGCGCCCAGCCUCUCCCUCUUAGCCCCGCCUCUCCCGCCAAUCAGCGCCCAGCCUCUCCCUCUUAGCCCCGCCUCUCCCGCCAAUCAGCGCCCAGCCUCUCCCUCUUAGCCCCGCCUCUCCCGCGCCGUGCAUGCGCACUCACCGCGUUCCCCCCUCCCGGUUCCCACACGCAUCGCGCAUGCGCCGCCCAGCGCCGGGGAAACGGGGGGGGGAGAGAGAUCACGUGAGCUGCGGUCACGUGUGCGCGGGGUCACAUGACCCGCAGACAGCGAUGGCGGAACAGGAACCGCUGCUGCCGGCCCCACCCCCCCCGGAGCCGCCGGGCGCCCAGUGGAGGAACGGAGCCGCCUUCUGGCUGCUGGGUCUCUGUAACAACCUCCCCUACGUCCUGAUGCUCAGCGCCGCCCGCGACAUCCUGCAGCCGCCCCUCCCCCCGCAGGUGUCCGUCAACGGCUCCCGCUACGACUGCAACCCCGUGUCCACGGGGGCCGUGCUCCUGGCCGACAUCCUCCCCACGCUGCUCAUCAAGCUGGUGGCUCCUUUCGUCGUCCAUCUCCUGCCCUACAACCCCCGGGUGAUCGCGGCGGCUUUGUGCGCGUGGGGCAGCUUCGCCCUCGUGGCCUCGGCCGCUGGGAUGGCCGUCAGCUUGGGGGGUGUGGUGUUGGCCAGCGCCGCGUCGGGGCUGGGGGAGGUCACGUUCCUGGCACUCGCCUCCGCGUACCCCAGGGUCGGCGUCUCCUGUUGGUCGUCGGGGACGGGGGCAGCGGGGGUGGGGGGGGCCCUGGCCUAUGGGGCGCUGCUGCAGGUGGGGCUGCCCCUCCCCCACGCCCUGCUGCCCGCCCUCGCGCUGCCGCCCCUCACCCUGCUCAGCUACUUCUUCCUCCUCUGCCCCCCACCGCGCCCCACGGAGCCGCCCCCCCCCGCCGUGGGGCUGACGCCGAGGGAGAAGUGGGGGGUGGCAAAGGGAGUUGUGGGUCAGGCCGGGCCCCUGGCGCUCGUCUACUUCGCCGAAUAUUUCAUCAACCAGGGGCUGCUGGAGCUCCUCUACUUCCCCGCCUCCGCCCUGACCCACGGCGAGCAGUACCGCUGGUACCAGCUGAUCUACCAGGUCGGCGUCUUCGCGUCCCGCUCGUCCCUGCGCUGCUUCCGCCUGCGCCGCGUCUGGGUCCUCGCGCUGCUGCAGGUGCUGAACGCCCUCAUCCUAUUGGCCGCCGUGGCCGUGCCGUUCCUGCCCGGAUUGGCCGUCGCCUUCGCCAUGGUGGGGGGGGAGGGGCUGCUGGGGGGCGCGGCCUACGCCAACGCCUUCCUCAACGUGGCCGAGCAGGCGCCGCCCCACGGCCGGGAGUUCGCCAUGACGGUGGCGUCGGUGGCCGACACGGCCGGGAUCGCGCUGGCCGGGGGGGCGGCGCUGGGGGCCCACGGCGUCUUCUGCCCGCGGGGCUGACCCACGGCGAGGACCCACGGCGAGGACCCAUAGCGCUGUGAGCCCCAUGGCUCUGCCCCACGGCGGAGGGGAGAGCUGGGACCCACGGCUCUGCCCCACGGCGCUGGGAGCCCCAUGGCUCUGCCCCACAGCGGAGGAGAGAGCUGGGACCCACAGCUUUGCCCCACGGCUACAUGGACCCCUGGGACCCACGGCUCUGCCCCACGGCUCCGCCCCAUGGUGCCAGGGACCCCUGGGACCCACGACUGCGCCCCACGGCACCAUGAGCCCCACGGCUCUGCCCCACGGCGGUGGGGAGGACUGAGACUGACAGCAGAAGGGAAGCGUGCGACCCACAGCUCUGCCCCACGGCGACCCGUGGGACCCACGGCUCUGCCCCAUGGCGCUGUGAGCCCCACGGCUCUGCCCCACAGCGGAGGGGAGAGCUGGGACCCACGGCUCUGCCCCACGGCGCUGA